AGGUGUGCCGUCCCCCCCUCCUACCAUCAUCCCCAUCAUCGCUCCCAGCCUCCCCACUCCUUCCACGCUCCCUCCUUCGACCGCCCGGCCUACGACCGCCCUUCCUUCGACCGUCCCUCCUACAACCGCCCCUUGCAAGAGCGCCCCAUCUACGAGCGACCCUCGCACGAGCGCCCGCCCCAGGACCGCUGGAACCCCCGUAUCCGUGUGACCCCUGGAAAUCAGUUCUACAUGUUGGACCAGGAGGAGGUUCACCCGUUGCUGAUGCGCGAGCGGCGCUCAGAGUCUCACAGGAACAAGCUGCUGCGGCGGACAGUCAGCGUUCCUGUUGAGGGACGGCCCCAUCCCGAGAUGGAUCAUCGCCCCCGGCGGAAGAGCAUCGCCACCGGGAAGCAGCCCAGCAUGGACGUCUCUCCCACUGCCCCCCUUCAACCCUUCCGACAAUCCAGUUUCCUCAGUAGAAGGUUGAAGGGCUCGAUCAAGAGGGCCAAGAGUCAGCCCAAACUGGACCGAACCAGCAGCUUCCGCCACAUGAUCCUCCCCCGCUUCCGCAGUGCCGACCAGGACAGGACCCGUUUGAUGCAGAGCUUCAAAGAGUCCCACUCCCAUGAGUCCCUGCUGUCCCCCAGCAGCGCCGCCGAGGCCCUGGACCUCACCCUGGACGAGGACGCCAUCAUCAAACCUGUCCACUCCAGCAUCCUGGGACAAGAGUACUGUUUUGAGGUGACUACGGCGUCGGGAACCAAGUGCUUUGCGUGUCGCUCAGCUGCAGAGAGAGACAAAUGGAUCGAGAACCUGCAGAGAGCUGUCAAGCCCAACAAGGACAACAGCCGGAGGUCGGACAAUGUUCUCAAACUGUGGAUCAUCGAGGCCCGCGAGCUUCCAGCCAAGAAGCGCUACUACUGCGAGCUGUGUCUGGACGACAUGCUGUACGCGCGCACCACCAGCAAGCCGCGCACCGACACCGUGUUCUGGGGCGAGCACUUCGAAUUCAACAACCUGCCAGCCAUCCGCAACCUGCGCCUUCAUCUAUACAAGGAGACGGACAAAAAGAGACGCAAGGAAAAAAGCACAUACUUAGGACUGGUAAGCAUCCCCAUCUCCAGCAUCACGGGCCGCCAGUUUGUGGAGCAGUGGUACCCGGUCAUCCAGCCCAGCGUCCUCACCAAGGGAGCGGGCGCCGGGGGAGGGAAGAUCAUCAACGCAUCCCUACGCCUCAAGUCCCGCUUCCAGACCAUGAACAUCCUGCCCAUGGAGCUGUACAAGGAGUUUGCAGAGUACGUCACCAAUAACUACCGCACACUGUGUGCCGUGCUGGAGCCCGUGCUGAGCGUCAAGAGCAAAGAGGAAGUGGCGUGCGCCCUCGUGCACAUCCUGCAGAGCACCGGGAAGGCGAAGGAUUUCCUUUCAGACAUGGCGAUGUGUGAGGUGGACAGAUUCAUCGACCGAGAACACCUUAUCUUCAGAGAGAACACUCUGGCCACCAAAGCCAUAGAAGAGUACCUCAAACUGAUCGGACAUAAGUACCUCAAGGAUGCUAUAGGGGAGUUCAUAAGGGCCUUGUACGAGUCAGAGGAAAAUUGCGAAGUGGAUCCCAUGAGAACCCCCCCCUCUGUGCUCCCGGACCACCAAGCCAAUCUCCGAAUGUGCUGUGAACUGGCGCUCUGCAAGAUUGUCAACUCCCAUUGCGUUUUCCCCCGAGAGCUGAAGGAAGUUUUUGCCUCGUGGAGAGUGCGCUGUGCCGAGCGCGGUCGAGAAGACAUCGCCGACCGCCUCAUCAGCGGUUCCCUCUUUCUACGCUUCCUGUGUCCCGCCAUCAUGUCCCCGUCGCUCUUCAACCUCACGCAGGAGUAUCCCGACGAGCAGACCUCACGCACGCUCACCCUCAUCGCUAAAGUAGUGCAGAACCUGGCCAACUUCUCCAAGUUUGGCAAUAAAGAGGAGUACAUGGGUUUCAUGAAUGAGUUUUUAGAGAUGGAGUGGGGCUCCAUGCAGCAGUUUCUCUUCGAGAUCUCCAACCUGGACAGUGUCAGUAACGCCGGCGGCUUCGAGGGCUACAUCGACCUGGGCAGGGAGCUCUCCAUACUGCACAGCCUGUUGUGGGAGGUCAUUGCUCAGCUCAGCAAGGACGCCAUAAUCAAAUUGGGUCCGCUGCCGCGCCUCCUGAACGACAUCAGCAUGGCGUUGCGUAACCCUCACCUGCAGCGGCAGCCCAGCCACCAGACAGACCGAGUCCAGGAGAGACAGGCGGACAGGCUGCUGUCCCGGCCCAGCUUCAACAGGGGCAUCUCGUCCGACUUUCAAAAUCUCAUGAUGAGGGAUCUCAAUAGCUCUAUAGAUAUCACUCGCUUGCCUUCCCCUACCUCCGCCGGAGGGGUGAUGCCAUCCCGCGCACAGAUGAGUUUUCAGGACCGUGACCACCUUCAUCGAGCGCCCUCCAAAGACAUGUUUUACGUAUCACGCCCCCCCCUGGCCCGGUCCAGCCCGGCCUACUGCACGAGCAGCUCGGACAUCACCGAACCCGACCCUAAGGCUUCCCGAAUGAACAGCGUGUCUAACCUGCAGUCGGUGGACAUGCUCAACUCCUCCCAGGCCUCCAUCGCCGGCAUGGGCAGCUUCGGAGGGCUGAGCAGCGGAGGCGGUGGCGGCCUGGGGUCGGGCCUGAGCAGCCAGCUGCGGGCCGGUGGGAGGUUGUCAGCUGGCUCUGGCGGCUCCAGCAUGUCCGGCGGCCUCCGGCUGAGCCAGCUGAGCCAGAUGGGCACCACCACCGACUCGCUAUCCCAGCAGCAGCAACAGCAGGCCGCCGCCAUGCGCUACCCGCUUUCCUUCCAGAAUCCCCUCUUUCACCUGGCGACCGCUGACGGGCCUCAACAGCAACAGCUCCACCACCAGCACAGCCGGGCUCAACCGCCGGCGCCCCUGCUCCUGACCCCAGAGCCGGACCCCUCCCACCAGGCCUACAUCCCACAGUUCGCCCACGGGGGGUUCUCUCGCAGUGAGGACCUGUCCACCCUCAGGACCAGGGACGGUCACCUGGGCCAACCCAGCAUCAUCCACUCACACAGCUACAGUGACGACUACAGCAGGGCGGAAUAUGGACGCAGGCAGAUGUCCGUGCAUGCACAGGAAAACCUCCAACAGCAGCAACACAUGAUGGGCAUGGCCUCCCAGACCGGAACCUCCCACUCCUCCCUGGCCGCCACGCCCCCCACCACGGUCCUACCUGUCCGCCAGAGUUCCAUCGCCCCGCCUCCCGCACAGCGUGUCAAAUCCCAGACUUCCCAUCAGCUGUCCGUCAGUGCAGCUGCCGCUCCCGCCGCUCCGGCCAAAACGCGGCCGCCGAGCGCGAACCUCCUCCAGUCGCCGGAGUCUGGCUACGGCGGCAGGCAGCAAGGGCCCCGGCAGCUGUCCGUCAAAGACAACACGGCCCCGGGCCUGCCGCACCAGCAGAGCUCCGUCAGGGAAAACCAGAGUCCACAGGGAACCACCGGCCAGGGCACCCAACAGUCACCACAGCAGCAGCAGCAGUCUCAGCAGCAGCAGCAGCAUCUUCUCAAACCCACCAUGAGCAAACAGGGCUCCCAGACUCCAUCCACCCUCAAUCCUCCAACCCCGGCCAACGAGCGGACCGUGGCCUGGGUGUCCAACAUGCCUCAUCUGUCAGCUGACAUCGAAAGUUCGCGGAUCGACCGUGAGGAUUUCAAGCUGAAGGAGUACUCAAAGAGCAUGGAUGAGUCACGCAUGGACAGGGUACGUGAGUACGAGGACGAGAUCCACUGCCUGAAGGAGCGGCUGUCGAUGUCCCACAAAAAGCUGGAGGAGUACGAGCGGAGGCUCCUCACGCAGGAGCAGGCGACCAAUAAGAUCCUCCUGCAGUACCAGAACCGACUCGACGACAGCGAGCGGCGGCUACGGAACCAGCAACAGGAGAAAGACUGCCAAAUUAAAGGAAUAAUUAGCAGACUCAUGGCUGUGGAGGAUGAGAUAAGGGGCGGACCCGUGAUUGAGCCAAAAACCAGGAUUUUCCCUGAUCAGGAAGACCAGCUUUCCUCCCUGGGUUCUGCAGACCCCGGUGUGAAAACUGAAGGUGGAGAGGGAGGAGGAGGAGGACAAAGAGGAGGAGCGGUAACCAACCAUCAAGGCCUCGGAGUCUCUUCCUCAGGCAUUUCCUCUGACAGCUCGCCCCACAAUGGAGUCCUCCCUCAAACCGUAGACCCUCCCUCUCUACCCGCUCCUCAUCAGCAACCUAGUCAGAAUGGAGAGCUCCGUGGCAACCAAACAUCCUCCCCCAUGGCAACGUCACAGGCAUCUGGAACCACGGCAACUACAGGCAUAGCAGAGGAAAGGGGAGUAGGUCAAACACAACACUGA